GAAGUCGGGCAUUAUCGUCGAUCCACAAGUCCAGGUACCGAAGCUAUUCUUUUUUUCCCUACUUGGCGAGUCUGGAGCUGGCGAGACAAGACGCAUACAGCCAUAGUUUCAGGAGCGGUGCCUGGGUGUGGGGUAGGCGCCUCUGGUUCGUCCGGAGAAAAGGUGGCCUAG